GUGAGUUUUGAUGAUGUGCACGUGAACUUCACUGCAGAAGAGUGGAAUUUGCUGGAUCCUUCCCAGAAGAAUCUCUACAAAGAUGUGAUGCUUGAGACCUACUGGAACCUCAUUGCUAUAGGCUAUAGUUUGGAAGACCAUCAUACUGAAGAACAACAUCAAACUUUUAGAAGUCAUGAAAGGUAUGAAAGAAGUCAUACUGUAGAAAAGCCUUAUGAAUGUAACCAAUGUGGUAAGGCCUUUGCAAGACCCCAUCAUCUCCAAUAUCAUAAAAGAACACAUACUGGAGCGAAACCUUAUGAAUGUAAUCAAUGUGGCAAAGCCUUUUCAUGUCACAGUCAUCUCCAAACACAUAAAAGAACACAUACUGGAGAGAAACCUUAUGAAUGUAAUCAAUGUGGUAAAGCCUUUACACAACAAAGUCAUCUCCAAAUCCAUGAAAGAACACAUACUGGAGAGAAACCCUAUGAAUGUAAUCAAUGUGGUAAAGCCUUUUCAUGUCACAGUAGUCUCCAAUGUCAUAAGUUAACACAUACUGGAGAGAAACCCUAUGAAUGUAAUCAAUGUGGCAAAGCCUUUUCAUGUCACAGUAGUCUCCGGUCUCAUAAAAGAACACAUACUGGAGAGAAACCUUAUGAAUGUAAUCAAUGUGAUAAAGCAUUUUCAUGUCACAGUAAUCUCCAAAGACAUAAAAGAACACAUACUGGAGAGAAACCUUAUGAAUGUAAUCAAUGUGGUAAAGCCUUUUCAGAUAACAGUAGUCUCCAAUAUCAUAAAAGAACACAUACUGGAGAGAAACUUUAUGAAUGUAAUCAAUGUGGCAAAGCCUUUUCAUGUCACAGUAGUCUCCAAUGUCAUAAGUUAACACAUACUGGAGAGAAACCCUAUGAAUGUAAUCAAUGUGGCAAAGCCUUUUCAUGUCACAGUAGUCUCCGGUCUCAUAAAAGAACACAUACUGGAGAGAAACCUUAUGAAUGUAAUCAAUGUGGUAAAGCAUUUUCAUGUUACAGUAAUCUCCAAAGACAUAAAAGAACACAUACUGGAGAGAAACCUUAUGAAUGUAAUCAAUGUGGUAAAGCCUUUUCAGAUAACAAUAGUCUCCAAUAUCAUAAAAGAACACAUACUGGAGAGAAAGUUUAUGAAUGUAAUCAAUGUGGCAAAGCCUUUUCAUGUCACAGUAGUCUCCAAACACAUAAAAGAACACAUACUGGAGAGAAACCUUAUCAAUGUAAUCAAUGUGGUAAAGGCUUUACACAACACGGUCAUCUCCAAAUCCAUAAACGGACACAUACUGGAGAGAAACCUUAUGAAUGUAAUCAAUGUGGUAAAGGCUUUACACAACAAGGUCAUCUCCAAUAUCAUAAAAGAAACCAUACUGGAGAGAAACUGUAUGAAUGUAAUUAA